CACUUUGCACUGACGUUUCUCUAAAUUAACCGGUAAAUAAGUUUUUUUUCAUUUUAAGCCUCGGUUUAAAUUUAUAAACAAGUAUCAUUUGUAUAACGUCUUAGCAAAAGGAUAAAUAUCAAUUAAAGUUUGUAAAUUAUUCAAGACAAUUAUUUUGAAGUACAAUUUCAAUAUGGGAUAAUGUUUAACAUCAACUGCCAAUACUUAUUAUUCACGAAAUCGUCGACAACAAAUCAGCGCAUUUCACAUAAUGUUUCAAACCUUUGGAAGAUAUCAGUAUAUGAUAUUUUGUUUAUGCAUAUUAUGCAAAAUUUUUAUAGCCUUUAAUCAAAUGGCAGUUAUCUUUUAUGCACCAAAAGUAUCGUAUAUAUGUGAUACAACUAAAGCUGAAACAUGUCCGUGCUCAAAACCUAUUUACGAUAAGUCAGUUUUUACUAACACUAUUACAAUGGAGUGGAAUUUGAUAUGUAACGAUAAAUGGUUGGCAAAUUUGACACAAACAUUGUUCCAAGUGGGUGUUCUGUUUGGAAGUGUAUUCUUUGGAAUGGCUGCAGAUAGAUACGGCAGAAGGAAUCCUUGUCUUCUUGCCGUUGUAGUACAACUGGUUAUGAGCACGGCAUCAGCUUAUGCAACAAAUUAUGUUGUAUUUUGCAUAAUGCGUGUUUUGAUCGGGGCGGCUGUUGGUGGAACCAUGGUGACCACUUUCGUUUUGCUCAUGGAAUUCAUCGGAAACAAAAAUCGGGAUCUUAUAUCGGCGUUGUAUCAUGUGCCAUUUAACCUAGGUCAUAUCAUGCUCCCUCUUUUUUCUUAUUUUUUUAGAGAUUACAAACAACUUCUACUAGUAACAUCUUUACCCAGCGUUAUUCUUCUCUGCUACUUCUGGCUUUUACCAGAAUCUGCAAGAUGGCUAAUAGCUGUCAAACGGACAGACGAGGCUAUUGCCAUCUUAGAAAAGGAAGCUAAGAUAAGCAGACGACAGGUGAAUGUUCGUAAGGAGGUACAAGCUUACGCGAAGACGCUCUCACAGCCCAACGCACAAAAAGGAAGUUUAGCAGAUUUGUUCCGAACACCGAAUCUUCGCAGAAACAUAAUUUGUAUGUCGUUUAAUUGGAUGACCUGCAGUUAUUGUUUUUACGGAGUCUCCCAGUACGUUGGACAUUUGAGUGGAAAUGUGUUUAUUAAUGUGGCAGCCAGUGGAUGUGUGGCACUUUUAGGCUCAUUUACUUCAAUACCAUUGAUGCGAAUAUGUGCAAGGAAGACAGUCGUGGUAGCAUUUCAUUUUUUAUGUGCUAUAUGUUUAUUUGCAUUAAUAUUUGUACCGGAAGGUAAUUUAUCUAUUGUCUUGGCAUGCACAGGUGUCGUGUCCAGCUUUAUUGUGUUCGUUGUUGUUUAUUUAUAUUGUUCAGAACUAUUUCCUACGGUUGUCCGCAAUGCAGCAGUUGGAUUUUCAUCGAUGAUGGCACGAUUCGGGUCAAUGCUAGCUCCUUUUGUAAUAAACGGGGCGGAUAUCGCGCUGUGGCUACCGCCCCUAGGCUUUGCUAUUCUACCGCUAGUAGCGUGCUGCGUGACGUUUCUAUUACCUGAAACAAAAGACUGCGAAUUAAUGACGACUCUACAAGAGGGUGAAAACUUCGGCAAAAAAGUCGGUAAUACACCAAAGAAAUAAUAUCAUAAUUAAGAUUGUCUGAUUGCCGUUUUUGAUGUAAUAUACCUGAUGUAAUGUACACUGUUUGUGAUGUAAAAUUAUAUUUAGUAUUGUAAUAUCUAGGUUUGAAUUCAUUUUGUUAUAAAUAAAUCACAAACUGUCAGUAUUUUGUACUGUGAGUGUGUAAUUUGUAGUUUGGGACCAUUAAAAUUAUGUUUGAAUACAA